ACCUUGUACGACACAGCCGACUUCGAGUUGCUUAAUACAUCUUUCGUUAGACAUACAAGCUCAACUCGACAAGUCAAACCCAGUCUUUACUACACAGUCAAUAUGAGGUUCUCAACCACUCUUCUUCUUGCUGCGGCCGCGGCAGUCGUCGCUCAAGACACUGUCUCUGCUCCCGCUAGUGACUGCGAACCCCACGGCGACCACUGGCACUGCGCCAACGGUGUCCCAGAACCCACUACUCCUCCCACCCCCGAGCAGCUCGCCAGCUUCUCUGCUGCGGAAGCUGCCGAGGACUCGACUCCAGCUUCUGCCAUCGCUUCCAGAACUUCUUCCGGAACUCUCCUCGUCACUUCUUCUUCAACUCACUCCCACGACGACAAUGACCACGACGACGACGAUGAUCACGUGGCAACAGCCAGCACAUGCGAGCCCCACGGCGACCACUGGCACUGCCCCUCUGGUGUCGCAGAGCCAACCGCUCCCCCUGCUGCGGCCGUCUCUGGUACUACUACCACUUCUGGUGCCACUUCUGGUUCCCCCUCCGCCGCCUCGUCUGCCAGCCAAGCUCCUCAGCAAACCGGCAACGCUGCCACUCAAAUCGGUGCUGGACAGGUUGUUGCUCUCAUUGGUGCUGCGGCUUACUUCCUGUAAACGUGUGUGAAUGUUUUCGCCUAGGCGGAGAUUCAGUUGAGCCCUAUAUGCAUAAUUUGGAAUGGUUUUUGCGAUUGGAGCUUGCCAGUCGUUUUUGUACAUAGAUAACGAUAAUGCGUAUUAUGAAUAUAUCUUGGACUGAUAUGUAUUCGGUCUGUAGCGAUGAAGACGUUACACUGCUGUUGGUUCCCAC